GCGGCGGGAAGCGCGGGCGCGGGCAUGGAGGUGCCGGAGAGCCGCGGCGGUUCUGCGGAGACCGUGGUGCAGGACCCCGCGCCUGGCCCCAGCAAGGCCCCGGGCAGUGCGGGUCACUACGAGCUGCCGUGGGUUGAAAAAUACAGGCCUGUGAAGCUAAAUGAAAUAGUCGGAAAUGAAGACACCGUGAGCAGACUGGAGGUCUUUGCAAGAGAAGGGAACGUACCAAAUGUCAUCAUCGCUGGGCCUCCUGGAACAGGCAAGACAACAAGCAUCUUGUGUCUGGCCCGAGCCCUGCUGGGCCCAGCCUUGAAGGACGCUGUCCUGGAACUCAAUGCUUCGAAUGACAGAGGCAUCGAUGUCGUGAGGAACAAAAUCAAAAUGUUUGCCCAACAGAAAGUGACCCUUCCCAAAGGCCGGCACAAGAUCAUCAUCCUGGAUGAGGCGGACAGCAUGACGGAUGGCGCCCAGCAAGCCUUGAGGAGAACCAUGGAAAUCUACUCCAAAACCACCCGCUUUGCCCUGGCUUGUAACGCCUCGGACAAAAUCAUCGAGCCCAUUCAGUCGCGCUGCGCGGUGCUCCGUUACACCAAGCUCACAGACGCCCAGGUCCUCACGAGGCUCAUGAAUGUCAUUGAGAGGGAAAAAGUACCAUACACGGACGAUGGCCUGGAAGCCAUCAUCUUCACAGCCCAGGGAGACAUGCGCCAGGCCCUAAACAACUUGCAAUCCACCUUCUCAGGAUUUGGCUUUAUCAACAGUGAGAACGUGUUCAAGGUCUGCGAUGAGCCCCACCCGCUGCUGGUGAAGGAGAUGAUCCAGCACUGUGUGGACGCCAACAUUGACGAGGCGUACAAGAUCCUUGCCCACCUGUGGCACCUGGGCUACUCUCCGGAGGAUGUCAUCGGCAACAUCUUCCGAGUGUGCAAAACCUUCCCCAUGGCUGAGUACUUGAAACUGGAAUUUGUGAAGGAAAUUGGAUACACGCACAUGAAGGUGGCGGAAGGCGUGAGCUCCCUGCUGCAGCUGGCUGGGCUCCUGGCCAGGCUGUGUCAGAAGACGGCAGCCCCGGCGGCCAGUUGAGCGCCGACGCCAUUCACGGAUGAAGUCAGAGCAGCCCUUGGGCCUGAACUCUGGAGACAGCGUUGUCACUGGGGAAAUGGUGGCCGAGAUAGGUGCUAGAAUGUUCCUGGCUUUUUUAAUGUUUUUGGUGGGUUUUUGUUUUUGAGACAAGGUCUCAGUGUAGUCCAGGCUGGCUUCGAACUCACAGGGUAACUGAAGAUGACCUUGAAUUUCUGGUCCCCUCCCCCUCUCCACCUCCCAAGUGCUAGGAUUAGAGGCGUGCAUCCCCACGCCCAGUUUACGCAGCGCUGGCGAUGGAACCCAGGGCUUUGUUCAUGUGUGCUAAGACAAGCCCUCUGUCAUCCCCCGCCCAAGUCCCUUCAAGGUCUUUACUAAAGCCAGGUGCUGUGACCCCACCACUCGAGGCUGAAUCAGGAGUAUUGCCACGAGUCCAGGGCCAUCCUCAGUGAGACCCUUUCUCAAAAAAGUAUAAAGUGCCAGGCGUGGUGGCGCACACCUUUAAUCCCAGCACUCGGGACGCAGAGGUAGGAGGAUCGCCGUGAGUUCGAGGCCACCCUGAGACUACAUAG